GGUUGCAUUUAUUUUAACUGCCUGGUGUUACAACGGUUUUCAACGAAAACACGUGCUCCUUUUAGUAAUCGAUUGUUGUCGAAAAUAUAUCAACAAUUAAUGUAAAAUUACUUCCAGACCUCAGAUUGUUGCUAAGAUGUCGAUGCUAGCAGAACCGCGCCGUAAAGUGCGAUAUAAUUUGAAUCCCAAUGGCAACACAUGGGCGAAUGAUUCAGGCACAUUUGGUAAAAAAAUGCUUGAAAGAAUGGGCUGGUCUUCUGGCAAAGGUCUGGGUGCAAACCUUGAUGGAAUGACUUCUCACAUAAAAGUCAGCUACAAAAGUGAUCAACAAGGUGUAGGAUUCAAAGACAGAAAUGACCAGUGGACUGCACAUGAAGACAACUUCAGUGAACUACUCAAAAACCUACAAUCAGAUGGUCAUCAACCUGUUGAUAUUGAAAGUGUGAAUGAAUCAGACAAUCCAACUGAAACAACUAGAAAAUCAUUGGAGUUAAAAUCAAAAUCAUCCAGGGCAAGGGUACACUACAAAAAAUUCACCAGAGGCAAAGAUUUAUCUAGAUAUUCAAGCAAAGAUCUAGCAAAUAUCUUUGGAAGAAAAACUUUAGAGAAACCAGCUGUCGACAAUGAAGAAAAACACAAAGAAGAAGAAAAAUCAUCAGAAGAAAGUAAUGAUAGUACAACAGCACAGAAGAGUUUUGGUGUGGAGACAUUACAAGGUGGAUCAAUGGCAGACUACUUCAAAAAGAAGAUGAAUCAGUUUAAAUUUCCAUUUGCCAAUGGAUAUAAAUCAAAAAGUGAAGAUCAAAAUGAUGAUGAAGAUGAUUUAGAUGCAAGGCCAUCAUUUGGGUUUGGGUUUUCAAGCAAUAACAAUGUGAAUGAUGAUAAAGAUGAAGCAGAACCACAAACAAAUGGUUUUGGUUUUGUUGCAUCAUCACAAACUGACGAAAAGAAAGAAAAGAAACGAAAACGCAAAAAUAGUGAAGAUGACAAUGCUAGUAAGAAGAAAAUACAGAAAUAUGAUGGAGAAAGUAAUCAAGGAUUUGAUAUUUCAUAUGAAAAUGAUGAUAUUGUUGAAGAUUUCACAGAAGUUAAAAUAAAGUCGAAAAAGAGUAAAAAGAACAAAGAAGAAGCUGCAGGAGAAGAAAAUGUGGAAGUUGAAGUCAAGAAAAUCAAGAAAAAGAAGAAAAAGUCAGAUGUAGGAUUAGAAAAUCCUAAUUUUAAUGAAUCAAUUGAAAAUGAUGCAAAACCAUCAUCAAAUGAAGCAGAAGUUAAUCCUUAUGAAGUAGUAGUUGAACCAAAACUAAAAAAGAAAAAGAAGAAAAGAUCCUUGGUUGAAGAAGGUUUAGAAAAUCCAAACUUUAAUGAAAGUUUAAAUGAAACAAUAGAUAACCUAGAAACACCAGUGAAUCCUUAUGAAGUUGUUGUUAAAGACAAAAAGAAGAAGAAAAAGAAAGACAAAUCGAUUGAUGAAGGUAUAGAAAACCCUGUUUUUGAUGACAUUCCCAAAAAGAAGAAGAAAAAAUCCAAACCCGAAGAGGAAUCAUUCACAAUUGAAGAAAUCGAAGAACAACCAUCACCAAUCAAGAAGAAAAAGAAGAAAGAAGUUGUGAGUAUAGAAUCAUCUCCAGCUAAACAUAAAAAACGCAAAAGUCUCUCUCCUCAAGGUCAGUCCACUGAUGUAGAGGUCCCGUGUGACAAUCAAAUCAAUCAAUCCUUAGAUGUAGUAGUAAGUAGUACUCCCAGUAAUAAUUUUGGCAUCACAGACGAUUUGAUCCUUAAUAUAUCAUCCACCGAUCCGAAACCGAUCUUACAAACGCCGAAAAGUGCACAAAACCGUCCGAAACGGCGUAAAUCCGUGCGUAUUGAUGAGUCUUUAAAUCAAGAACGUAUUAUACCGAAUGUUUUAAUACAAAAACAACUAGCGCUGCAAGGUAAAAAUAUUUUUGAUAACGAUGCGUUUGAUUUGAUGUCACAGGAUGAGGGAUUUUACGAAAAAAGUUUAGAAUUAGAUAAUAAAGGUGGUAUUACGAAUCCAGGCUUUCGAAACGUUCAGGAAGAAGUCGAAGCCGCACAGAAAAGUUUAGAUACUUAUCAAGCAGAAGUCGAAAAUGAUAUUAAUGAUAUAAAAGUACAACAAUUAGAUGAGAAUGUAAAUAAAUACAUUGGUACUUCAUCUGGUUUAACCAAAAACACCGUUUUACCGAAUGGUAAUGUAAUGUUAGCUUUCAAAGAGUCUAAUUUAAGUCAAACAUAUUAUUAUGAUAGCAAAUUAUCUAAUACAGCCAAAAUGGCGUAUCGACAGAUGGUGAAAGGUGAUGUUGAGGUGGAGUUUAACGGAACUAAUCUGCAUGAGAUUCAUGGUUAUGCAACCAAGAAGACUCUUAAAAAAAGUAAACCGCAAGAGAAUGAAGUGAAUCAAGUGACUCAGGUUAGCAUACCAAUGCCAAAAACACAUGUGACGGAUAUGGAUAUGGUUGAGAAGUUAACGCAUAGGUCUAAGGGUAAAAAGAAAUUUAAGAGAAAAGGUGGUAAAGGUAAUAGUUUAUAAAUAACUCAUGUAAAUUAAGUUUGGGUUUUAAUUUUAAGAAUUAUGAGGCAUGUGAACUUACAUUUGAGGUUAAGUUCCAACUUGUUAGACUAAUGCGUGUCAUGAAUUUGUAAGUUAAUUGUUUAACUUAAUGUAUAACUUAUUUAACACGUGAGGAUGUUGCGAGUUGAAUAAAGUCCAAUAAUUGUGGUAAGAAA